GGCGGCCCGCGCUCGCUGCCGCUCAACGGCUCGGCCGCCGAGGGCAGCGCGGGCGCCCGCGGCAACGGCACGGGGCGCCGCGCCCGGCUGCGCAACCCCUUCUACCCGCUCACCGAGGAGUCGUACGGCGCCUACGCCGUCAUGUGCCUCUCCGUGGUGAUCUUCGGCAUCGGCAUCAUGGGCAACAUGGCAGUGAUGUGCAUCGUGUGCCACAACUACUACAUGCGGAGCAUCUCCAACUCCCUGCUCGCCAACCUGGCCUUCUGGGACUUCCUCAUCGUCUUCUUCUGCCUGCCGCUCGUCAUCUUCCAGGAGCUCACCAAGAAGUGGCUCCUCGAGGACUUCUCCUGCAAAAUCGUCCCGUACAUCGAGGUAGCCUCUCUCGGGGUCACCACAUUCACACUGUGUGCCCUAUGCAUAGACCGCUUUCGUGCUGCCACCAAUGUGCAGAUGUACUAUGAGAUGAUUGAAAACUGCACGUCGACGACUGCCAAGCUGGCCGUGAUAUGGGUGGGAGCGCUGCUCCUGGCGCUGCCGGAGGUGGUGCUGCGCCAGCUCACCAAGGAAGACCCCGAGUACAGCGGCAGCCCCCCCGGAGAGCGGUGUGUGGUGAAGAUCUCCACCACGCUACCCGAUACCAUCUAUGUGUUGGCUCUCACCUAUGAUGGGGCAAGACUCUGGUGGUACUUUGGCUGCUACUUUUGUUUGCCUACUCUUUUCACUAUCACUUGCUCCCUGGUAACAGCAAGGAAGAUCAGGAGGGCGGAAAAGGCUUGCACGAGAGGGAAUAAGCGGCAGAUCCAGCUGGAAAGUCAGAUGAAUUGCACAGUGGUGGCUUUGACCAUAUUAUAUGGGUUUUGCAUCAUUCCUGAAAACAUCUGCAACAUUGUGACUGCCUACAUGUCCACGGGGGUGUCACGGCAGACUAUGGAUCUCCUCCACCUUAUUAGUCAGUUCCUUUUGUUCUUUAAGUCCUGCGUUACCCCUGUUCUCCUCUUCUGCCUCUGCAAACCUUUCAGCCGGGCCUUUAUGGAGUGUUGUUGCUGCUGCUGCGAUGAGUGCAUCCAGAAAUCUUCAACGGUGACGAGUGAUGACAAUGACAACGAAUAUACCACAGAACUGGAGCUCUCCCCUUUCAGUACCAUUCGCCGUGAAAUGUCUACUUUUGCCUCUGUAGGGACUCACUGCUAAUUGACAGUAGGACUUUCUUAUUUCCAAGAUAUUAUCUUUUCUUCUUUGCUUUUUUUUUUAUAACUUCUUGUUUUCCCUCUUGAAACAAAAUGCAAGCAAAAAAGCUGGUUAUUGAAAACUAUUCUGGAAACCAAUUUACAUUUAACAGUCAUUCUCUGGAAAAUAAGUUCUGUUUAGUUACUAAAAUGAAAGAAAAGGAGAGCAGGAUAGCCAGCACUGAGUUUUAAAUCAUGAUGUUUUUUCUGGUGCUAGCAUUUUAUUUUGGGAGGAGAAGAAACCGUAUCAAUCCACUUUUGUUUAAUUCCAUGAUAGUUUUUGAUAAUCACUGUAAAAUGAUUAUAUAGACAUUGUGUUUUCUGCAAGAUGUUUAAUGUAACAGAUGUGGUGGAAAGUAUUUGAAAGUAGUUUUAAUCUAAUUACUGUAUACAGUGGUGAGAGAACUUGGACUUUGAAAAUUUAUAAGGUGACAUAAAAAUAAACAAGAUUUUAUUCUUUAAUACGUUGCCAAUCCACAUUUAACUAGGACACCUAUAAAUAUUAUUAAAUUCCUUUAAUAAGUAGACAAAAAUGUUUUGCAUAAAAUAAUCUAAAUGGCCAUAUUUAAUUUACCAUUUAUGUACUUAGCCUUGGAGACUGUAAUUGAACUGUUUGAAGAUGGUUAUCAUGAUGUUAGGUUUACAUGAGUGUUUUUUUAAUGUACACUUUGGAGGUUGUGCCUCACAGAAAAUUUCCUUUUCUAACCUGAGAUAUAUAAAACCUGAAUUAUUUUGUACUCUUAAGAAGAAAGAUUUGCUUUCUCACUAAACCGUAUCUUGUGUUGUUUCAAAAUC